UGAGAAAGUGACGCACGUUGUGUCCGAAGGCAAUUCUGGAGAUGAGGUGGUUGAGUGGCUGAAGAAGAAUGGAAGGCCACCUGGCAAAGCAGGUGUAGGAGAUGAGCCAGCUCUGCUGGACUUCAGCUGGUUCACGGAGAGCAUGGGUGCCAGUCGGCCCGUUGAGAUUGAACCCAGGCAUCGGCUGAAGGUGGCCACUCCUAUAGAGCCACCAGAAGAAAAAGGCCAGGUGGCCCCCUACAUCUGCCAGAGACGGACUCCCCUGCUGCACCACAACUCCACACUCACGGAGGCCCUCGAAACUAUGGCGGAAGAGGCGAAAUUCAAUGGCAGUGAGGGUCGCAGCUUGGCCUUUUCCAGGGCGGCUUCGGUGCUUAAGGCCCUGCCCUGGAGGGUUGACAGGAUUCAGCAGCUCCAUACUGUGCCUUGCAUUGGGGAGCAUUCGCGGAGAAUCAUCCAG